AUGGAGACUUCGUUCACAUCGCCAGAGCGCAGCCCUCAGAUUCACCUGCAUCAACGUCUGCGCCACACCUGGCUAUCGAUGCUGGACAUCGUUCAUCCUAACGACAUCGCCGAUGGCCUUCGUCAGACGUUUGCACGGGUCCGAAAUGCUUCGACCCAGGCUGGCGCCAACGCUUCGCAGUCGUUCGUGACCUCGCGAACCUCGGCCAUCGCCGCCACCGCUGCCGCUGCCGGUUCGGUCGCAUGGUACAACCACCUCUAUGGCACGCUUCCCUUCUUGGACACCGCCAGCGCCAACAUGGCCGAUGAGGGUCUCCACCCACCCAAGUACCCCUGGUCGCACUCGGGUGCCUUUGACACCUUCGACCACGCCUCGAUCCGACGUGGAUACCAGGUGUACCGCGAGGUGUGCUCGUCGUGCCACUCUCUCGACCGCAUCGCUUGGCGCAACCUCGUCGGACAGUCGCACACUGUCGAUGAGGUCAAGGCCAUGUCGGAGGAGGUCGAGUACGAGGACGGUCCGGAUGACGAGGGUGCAAUGUUCCAGCGUCCCGGUAAGCUCGCCGACUACAUGCCCCGACCUUACGCCAAUGACGAGGCUGCCCGAGCUGCCAACGCCGGUGCGCUGCCCCCCGAUCUCAGCUUGAUGGUCAAGGCACGUCACGGCGGUGCCGACUACAUCUUCGCCCUCCUCACCGGUUACACCGACCCUCCCGCAGGUGUCAAGGUCCAGGACGGUUUGAACUACAACUCGUACUUCCCCGGAACUCAGAUCGCCAUGGCCCGUGUGCUCUACGACGGUUUGGUCGACUACGAAGACGGCACCCCUGCUACCACUUCGCAGAUGGCUAAGGAUGUGGUCACCUUCCUGCACUUCUGCGCCGAGCCGGAGCACGACACGAGGAAGAAGAUGGGCAUGCAGGCUGUGAUCAUCUUGAGCUCGUUGACCGCGUUGUCCAUCUGGGUCAAGAGGUUCAAGUGGGCCGGUGUCAAGAGCAGGAAGCUCACGUACAAUCCUCCUUCCUCGACCCAUUGA